UUGAAAAAUAAAGGAAAUCCAAUUCAAUAAUUAAAAAAAUUCAAAUUGAAAAGUCCGAGGAGUAAUCUCAAAGCCACCCAAAAUCGCUCUCAUUCUCUAUCGUUGAAUGACUCCCCUUGUGGGGGAAACCUGCGAAUCCAAGAUCCGAGACCGACCGAGACUGGGGAAAAGGAAGAUACAAAUAUCAUGCUAAAGAGCGAGACCGUUACUAAAGAUGGCCAUGUAUUUCAGCAAGUGGAUUUCUUCCUAUAUCGAUUGGCGAAUGCUUUUCCUACUGAUUCCACCACUCUCUCUCCUCAUCUUCCUUUCUCUCUCUUCCUCCCCCACCAACCCUCUCUCCUCUUUCGCAGCCAUCCGAUCCAUCAUCCUCGGCCAACAAACCCUAACUCCCCAAAAUUCGGCCGGAUUUCCCGUUCUUCCGCCGCCGAAUCGUACCGAAUCGCGGGGGUGGAGGGAGAGGAAGGAGGAGUUGCUCAGAUCGAGGGUGGCGGUUUGCUUGGUUGGCGGCGCCAGGAGGUUCGAGCUCACUGGACCGUCGAUAGUGGAGAAGAUUCUGGAAGAGUAUCCGAAUUCUGACCUUUUUCUGCACAGUCCGUUGGACAAAAACGCGUUCAAGUUCUCGCUUCUGAAAACCGCGCCGAGAAUCGCCGCCGUACGGAUAUUCGAGCCCAAGCCCGUGACGGAGACCGAGUCCGAGCUCCGCGUCCUCACGGCGGCCAAUUCGCCUAAUGGCAUCCAGGGCCUUUUGCAAUAUUUUAACCUGGUAGAAGGAUGUUUAAAGCUAAUCCAAAAGUACCAAAAACAACACAAAUUCAAAUACGAUUGGAUAGUCCGAACCCGAGUAGAUGGAUACUGGAACGCACCGCUGCACCCGAGUAACUUCGUCCCGGGUCGGUACUUGGUCCCACCGGGGUCCACCUAUGGCGGGCUCAACGACCGCCUCGGAAUCGGAGACCUCAACACCUCCACAGUCGCCCUCUCACGCCUCUCCCUCAUCCCCGAGCUCGACUCGGCCGGAUUCCGUCAACUCAACUCGGAGACCGCCUUCCGAGCCCAACUCACCACCCGAAAAGUGUCGUACGUCGCGAAACGCCUCCCCUUCUGCGUCGUUUCCGACCGCAAGUACGAUUUCCCUCCGAGCCGGUUCGGCGUGCCGGUGGCGGCGCUGUCGAGCCGCGGGCCUCUGAGCGGUGCCAAGUGCCGGCCGUGCGCGCCGGUUUGCCGAGGGCAGUGCGUGGGCGACGUGAUGGCGGGGCUCUACAGGGGGUGGAGCUGGACGGAUUGGGCAAACGGGACGCUCGAGCUCUGCGACGCGCAUGGCGAGUGGGAAAGCGGUUGGGAGAAGAUGUUCGAUCGAGUCGCUGGGAAAAAGCUCGCGACUGAGAGGAAAAGAGGAGGAAGUUUGACGCUGAAGAAGUGUGUUGAUGAUUUUGAGAAAAUGAAGAGACGGUCGGGGAAUUGGGAGGCUCCUCGGCCGGAGAAGAUCUGUGGCAUGGGUUUGGAGUCCAAUUGAGUUGGUGGGGGAAUUUUUGUAGUUGUGGUUAUACUACUCUUACUCUAUGGGUGUCUUGUAAAUUAAAAAAUAGUUUUUUUAUGAAAAGAGUAAUCUUAAAUAUAGGAGAAAAAUAGUUUUGGAGAUGUUGGAUAUAAUAGUUCUUUGAAUUGCGAAUAUAACUUUUUUAUUUGUCGCUCUGAAGAAUUGUUAUGUAACUUGACAUGAGUUGUAAUAUACACAUAUUACCAACAGAAACAAGGAGAAAAUAACAGAGGUUGUUUG